AUGCAUUUUGCUGGAUAUGCAGCCCUUCUGUUUCUGGUGCUGAUUUACCAAGGUUGCUAUGCUAGAACAAGUAAAAACUGCACUACAUCUUGUGGCAACAUCGACAACAUUAGGUACCCUUUUCGAUUCAAAAACGAUCCUGAAAACUGCGGCCACAAAGAGUCUGAACUUGCUUGUGAAAACAACCAUACAGUAGCAUACUUGGAUUCAACAAAAUAUUACGUUGAGUCUAUCAAUUACAAUAACUUCACAAUUCGUGUGGUGGAUGCCGGUUUCCAAAAGGAUAAUUGCUCCUCCAUCCCUCGCCAUUAUUUGAAUGUAUUCGAUAACGAGUCUUGGGCCAGUCCAUACAAGUGGGAUUUGCUUCGACAAGCACUACACUAUGAGGAGAAAUACUACCAGAGCUUAAUGUUCAUAAACUGUAAAGAUCCAGUACCGAGUUCUCCACUUUAUGUUGAUGCUUCUUCUUGCAUCAAUAAUUCUGGUUAUUGGUAUGUAAAGGUUGGGUAUACUAACGUAACGGAUUUGGUGGACUCGUGCCGAAUCGAGCAGAUGGUUGUGGCAUCUUUAAUGCCGAAAGAAGUGAAGAACAUUUCAUAUAUGGAUCUUCACCGUAUUAUGUCAUACGGAUUUGAGCUUUCAUGGGCUUUCGCUUGCUGCUUCAACCACCAGGAAAACCGCUGCAACCUACAGGAUGCCCGCGCCAUAAAUGGGUUUUGUACUCAAUUCAUCACUCUGCUUUAUAAUCUCCGUCAUGUACGACAGUACGGUAAGAAGCAUUCUACUUUCUUAAGUAGCGAAGGAAUGAGAUGGGGAUAG